GCGGUGCGACAUCCUGCCCACAAAGAGCGUGUUCUUGCUGUUACUCAUCUCGGUCCUGUUCACAAAGCGCAGGUCUGAUAUCCAACUUGACCUGACCUGGUGUAAUCCACAAAGUCAUUUUUGCUUUGCUAGACAAGGUCUAGACCGAUCACUUCAUCUCUCUUCGUCCUCUCGUGCGCUCAUCCGAUUGAGCGACAGUCGCCUCAGCGCGCUGUCCAAACCGGGCAUUAGAAGAAGUAAAUCGAAGACGUCGUGAGAGGACUCAGUGGAUGACAGGCUGUUUACAGGGCGGUAGAGAGGUGAAUAAAAUCGCACAGAGAAGCUCACGCACGACUCCAGCUACGGAAUCCCGAUUUGUUUACCCUGUACCGGGCACAGAGGAGCACCGUUGCGCAGUCUUUACGCGCGGACUGGGGGUGUCUGUCUGUCAACAUCAUGUCAGCCGCAACAGCUUCAAUAGCGGAUUUCAAAAACAAAAAUGACCAGCGGAAUAACUCAGCUCAUUCCCAGGCGCAAUGUACACCCAUGCCGCUGCCAGCCCUGGGCACCCAGAGGAUCAUCCAGGGCAAUGGUACCAAUGUGGGCACAGUCAUUUCCCUGCAGUGCCCAGCAAAUCAUAAACUCAUAGGAAAAGAGCUGAUGUGUGUUAUGGACAUCAACAGCACCCACUGGGUGGGGGAGACCUACUGUAAACCUGCGUCUCCCUUUGAGGACUAUGGUUUCCGUGUGGCUGUUCUGGCAUCCAUUAUAAGCUCAGGCAUAAUCUUAUUCAUGUCCGUGGCCUUCAUCACAUGUUGUUUGCUCGACUGCAUCAAAGAAGACGAAAGGAAAAAGCAGGAGAGGGAGUCAGAUGUGUGGCAGUGGGAGGAGCAGCCUCAGCAUCAGGGGGACAACAGGUCUCGUUACAGCCAUAAAGGCAGGAACAACAACAACAACAAUAAGACCCAGGAGAAGAUGCUUUCACUGUGGGACAACCACAGCCCAGCCCUGUGUGACGACAUGCGAGCAUACAGAUGUCAUCAGCAUUAUGCCUAUGGUCCUGCCUGCACCUAUGAUCCCCCUCUUCCACAUGCUCCUCUACCCGGCGUCGACUACGACCAGCCUCUCUUACCCCGAAACCAAGAAUCUGCAGAGAGUCCUGGUCCACCUCCAUACCAAGGACCUUCUCUGUCCUCCUGUCAAACUCUGAGCACGAGCUUGGUCCAGAUCUCAGCGGUGGGAUCUGGUUUGGUUUGGCAGUAUGGGGGACAGCAGAGUAGUUUGUCGGGAGCGAUCCCAUCAACCACAGAUGAGUCCAACCCGAGGAAUAUAAACUCUGCCAAAGAAUUUUCCAUACGGAUAAUAUCAGUGUGAGGACAGACUGUGAAGGACGUGAAUACCAUCAGUCAAGACGUUGUUUACUGAUCAAAUCUGUACAACAGCGUCAGCUUCAUCAAUAAGGACUACAUGAAGUAAUAACUGAGCAUUCCUUGUCUUGUUGAAAUUGUUAUGUCUGCAGUACUGCACAGUUUAAAGGCUCUAAAGGCUUACUGAUCUGACAAACACAUGUGCCUUUUGUAAACUGUGAUGGCACACUGCCCUCUGUCUGAAAAGAGGAGCCAUUGCACUUUCAGGACUCCAGCCUUGUUGGAUGACACCCCCUCUACUAAUAAGGUCAAGGGACUGCCCUUAAUUGAGCUUUUCAUAAACUAAUUAAAUUGUUAAGUUUUGAUUAACAAUGAAGGUGUUUAUUGGGGAAACAUUUCACUCAUUUCUGGGCAGGAAAGUCCAAUUUGUUUGGUAUAGGACAGAACCUGAAAAGCACUGCAAGUAUGUAACUAAUCAUUUUUAAUGAAUGUAAAUAAAUAAAAGAGGACUGAUUAUGACUAAGACUGUAUUGCAAAGGGAAGAUGGUGUACAAUGAAUGCAAAUGUCAAGCCAAACCAGUAUAGUGCAGUGAUUUUGACUGUUCUGUGUAAUGGUGUAGCUGACUCACACAUGUAUUCCAAACGGCAUGGUGAAGAAUGUAUUAAUAAAAACACAAAGACAACAAUUAUUAUUAUUAUUAUUAUUAUUAUUAUUAUUAUUAUUAUUAUUAUCUUUAUUAUUAUUAUUGGCAGGUGUAAUUUAUCAGGCUCAGUGCUUAUUAUAAAUGGAA